ACACACAGACCGUUGCUCCUCGGUGACGUCAGUGCGCCGCCGGGUGACGUAUGGACGGCGGCGGGACAGGGGUGGGGAGGAGGCCUCGGCGGUGGCGGGGCCGGAGAUGGUCCAUUUCUUGCUGUGCAGCUGGAUGUUGCUGAAUAAUGUGUCUAUGAGCUUGCUGUUCAAUCUGUCUGUUGUUCAGAAUGGCGAAGAACCCUAAUUUCCCAGAGGUGGGGAAUCUGCCUGCAGGCUAUGCUCACUGUAGGUCUUCAGACAGCUUCAGUGGCUACCAGUAUCACCAUCCCUCCAAGAUGAGUAACGGCCACCCUCUUCGUCCAUACACGGCUGUGGGGGAGAUCGACCAUGUUCACAUUCUGUCAGAGCAUAUUGGUGCUCUAAUGAACGGGGAAGAAUACAGUGACGUUACCUUUAUUGUGGAAAAGAAGCGUUUUCCGGCACACAGAGUGAUCCUGGCUGCUAGAUGCCAUUAUUUCAGAGCAUUAUUGUAUGGAGGAAUGAGAGAAUCUCAGCCUGAAGCAGAAAUUCCUCUUCAGGACACCACUGCAGAAGCAUUUACCAUGCUGUUGAAAUAUAUUUACACUGGUCGUGCUACAUUACGAGAUGAGAAAGAAGAGGUUCUUCUUGACUUCCUAAGCCUAGCACAUAAAUACGGAUUUCCAGAACUGGAGGAUUCCACGUCUGAGUAUCUUUGCACAAUACUUAAUGUUCAGAAUGUCUGUAUGACUUUUGAUGUUGCCAGUCUUUAUUCUCUUCCCAAAUUAACUUUUAUGUGCUGUAUGUUCAUGGAUAGAAACGCCCAAGAGGUGCUCUCCAGUGAAGGCUUCCUGUCACUUUCUAAGGCUGCUCUUCUAAGUAUAGUACUGAGAGACUCAUUUGCAGCUCCUGAAAAGGACAUUUUCCAAGCUUUGAUGAACUGGUGUAAACAUAACCCCAAGGAAAACCAUGCUGAAAUCAUGCAAGCAGUACGUUUGCCACUAAUGAGUUUAACAGAACUUCUGAAUGUUGUAAGACCUUCUGGGUUGUUGUCACCUGAUGCCAUCCUAGAUGCCAUUAAGAUUCGUUCUGAGAGUCGUGACAUGGACCUCAACUACAGGGGCAUGUUAAUACCUGGGGAGAAUAUUGCAACAAUGAAGUAUGGAGCACAAGUUGUUAAAGGGGAGCUGAAGUCUGCUCUAUUGGAUGGAGAUACUCAGAACUACGACCUGGAUCAUGGAUUCUCUCGACACCCAAUCAAUGAUGACUGCCGGUCUGGAAUUGAGAUUAAACUAGGUCAGCCCUCAAUAAUCAACCACAUACGAAUUCUCCUGUGGGACAGAGACAGUCGGUCUUAUUCCUACUACAUUGAGGUGUCCAUGGAUGAAUUGGACUGGAUUCGGGUUAUCGAUCACUCUAAAUACCUCUGUCGGUCCUGGCAGAACCUGUAUUUUCCUGCCCGUGUCUGCAGGUAUAUUCGAAUUGUUGGGACCCACAAUACAGUGAACAAAGUUUUCCAUAUUGUGGCAUUUGAAUGCAUGUUCACAAACAAAUCCUUUACUCUUGAGAAGGGUCUGAUAGUUCCCACUGAAAAUGUUGCAACAAUUGCAGACUGUGCCAGUGUGAUUGAGGGUGUAAGUCGCAGUCGCAAUGCCUUAUUGAAUGGAGACACAAAAAACUAUGAUUGGGAUUCUGGAUACACAUGCCACCAGCUUGGGAGUGGAGCUAUUGUAGUGCAGCUGGCACAGCCCUACAUGAUUGGAUCAAUACGGUUGCUACUUUGGGACUGUGAUGAUCGGAGCUAUAGCUACUACAUUGAGGUUUCAACAAAUCAGCAACAGUGGACCAUGGUGGUGGAUCGCACAAAAAUUUCCUGCAAAUCUUGGCAAACAAUCACUUUUGAUAAACAACCUGCAUCUUUCAUCAGAAUAGUUGGAACUCGCAACACAGCUAAUGAGGUGUUUCACUGUGUACAUUUUGAGUGCCCAGCACAAAACAGUACCCACAAGGACGAGAGUAGUAAGGAAGUAGCAGCAACAGAGGUGGAGACUGGUGGACAGUAGCUUGUUUCUUUUCCUGUUGGAGCUGCAAGCACCUGGUUCCCUGCAUUCCCCUCCUGGAUCCACCUCACAUCCUCAUGUUUAUCAAUGAUAAAGUAGGUUGAAAGGGAGCUUUUGCAACCCCACUGACAUUCUGCAAAAUUAUUCAGAACCUUCUUGUGCUGGCACCUUUUCUUUCUUUGUGAAUGAAGGGGACCAUGUCUGAAAGCUGUAAGUAUUGAAAUGAAAAAGGCUUAUUCCCAAGGACAUGAAGAGACUGUUUCACUCUUCCUUGAUAUGUUCAAAUCAGGAUGGUCUCCAAGGGAGGAGAAAAUAGGUCUUCAAUUUUCAUCAAGUACCCCACUAACACCCUACCUCUCUAAUCUAACCAAGGCAAGGGAAAAAGGAAGGAAAUAAAAGGCAGAGCUACAAAUCUAAAAUUAUUCAAACAGAAUGGAAAACAUACAAAAUAAGUAUUUGUUCCCUGGAGGUUUUUAUUAGUAAAAAAAAAUGUUUAUGGAACACAACAGUCCAGAAUAUAUUUUAUUUUUUAGGUGAUUCUCCAUUCAUAUUACCUUGUAACUAGUAAUCUGUUUUCUAAAUCAUUUUGAUUCUGUAUUCCACUUAAUUUCUUAUUUUUGUCUAUAGAAAAUGUUGUACAGUAGAUUAAGGAAGUAUCAGACAUGUUUACCUGCUGAGAUGCAAAUUCUCUCAUUCAUCAGUGGAAUGACAAGAAAAGCGUUCAUGAUAUCAACAAACUAAUUAAUGUAUCUGUAUUAAUAUUGACCUUAGUUGACUUUUCAGAGUAUAAAAUUGUCAUUUCCUACAUUCAAAAGGAAGUUUCUAAAUCAAACAUCUGUCUUGAAGAAAAUUGUAUUUUUUCACUCUUGGAGAUGAUUAUUUAAAUUUUGUCUGCCUAAGACAUCUUGCAACAGAACAUCAAAAAUGUUCAGUUUAGAAAAGUGAAACUCCAUCUGGGCACUGACAAACAGUAGUUCAAAUUCCAAAAGAAGAAUUCACAGAUAAUUUACAUUUUUCCAAUAAGAGUUGUUUUACAGUCUGGAGCUAAAAAUUCAAAGACUGUCUAUGCAUUAUCAUUUCUCAUGAUCUUCAUAAAAUGUGAUGGUUCUGCACCACAUUGUAAAAGAUCUGGUUCUUAAUUUACAGUCACAGAAUUUGUUAUCCAUCUAUAAUGUCUGGAUUACACUGCCUGCUACUUCACUUAUUCUAUUUUCACACUGAUGAUGAUGUAGUCUUUUACUCUCCAGAUCUACAUGACUUUUAGGAAGAACUCCAUGUCAGUCUUUCAGUAUGGAAUAAAGAGAUAUUGUAUUAAGACAAAUGCUGAUGUAAUUGGCAAAAUUGAUUAGGAUGCUUCUUCCUCCUCACAAAGUAUAUUAUAUUGGAAAUGUCAGCUAACCAGGAAUUUCCUGUGGUGAUAAAUAACCUUGUCAGAAGAAAACAAAGCUAGUGCAGGAUAAGUACGGUUUUCCUUUACAUAACCACAAUGACAAAAUGAGUUAUAUCAACAUAGCAAAUUGUAUGUUAAUUUAUCACACUACUUAAUUUGAAAUAAUUUUCCUGUUGGAUACUGCUUGUGCUAAACCCAAGAAGAAAUAUAAUCAGUGGUAGCAAUGAAUCAGAGGAUAUUUAAAAUAAGAGAAGCAUCCCUUUUCUUUAAAAUAAAAUUGAUUAGGCUUUAUCGAUAAUAUUAUAGCUUUUUUCAUUGCCAAAUUAGUUUUGUUCUGACAUUUGCAUACAGUUCCCUCCCUUCCCACUGCCAUAUUCUGACUUGUGAAUGUCUGUUGGUGAAGAUGGUUGCCCACUGUGCUGUAUAAAGGUUGUAAUUCAUGUGCCACAGCUGCCUUAGACAGUGCGGAGUUCUAAGGCAGGAUUCUGCUUGUGCCAGCCACUUCCCCCUAGUCUGCUGGGCUGAUUACCUUAUGGCUUAACAGCCUUUGGAAUAUGGAAGAAUUAAGACCAUCUAUUGAGGACACCACUGUAAUGUUUAUGUAUGUCAAAAAAGUUGUAUUUUUUUUCCCUUUAAAAGCAGGAAAACUUCUUCAGUUGCAAUCCAUGCUGGAACUGCUAAGAUGCCUAGAGCAUAUCUUGCUUUUGGUAGAUAAGUCCUUGCAUGGCAGUGGUGGUAUUUCUUUGCAGUUCCAUCAAACAAGUCUGCUUUUCUCAAACUGUGGGUAAGCAAAGAGCAUAACUUCCUAGCUGUUACUAUUUAGUAGCCACCCUUGUAGAGAAUGUAAAAAAAACUAAAAUAAAAAGGUUGUGCCAUCUGUUCUGAGCCUAGGCUUUCAGAGAAAGAAUGGAAUUUUUCCAUCUGUAAUCUUUGAUGUGCACCAUUAAUUUUUAUGAUACAAGUAAGUCCUGCAGACUAUAACCUAUGGAACAUCUCUUUGAGCUUGUCUCGUAACUCAGUGUGGAACAGAAAUGUCUCUUUAUUUCCCGUGAUAUUCACUCUCUCCCAAAAAUCUGGAUGAACAUAUCUGAGAUUCCCAAAGCAAAAACUCUGAGGUUCUACAGGGCCUUCAGUCUCCCACCCCCAUAAAACAAUACAAAGAAAAACCAACUUUGUCUUUCAUGCAGUUGAAUAGCAAUUUUUUGUAUUAAACUUCUCAGUCACAAUGGCCUUCUCAGAGUCAUUAUUUUAUUUAGAGUUGCUCUGAGAACCUGUCAUCAAGGUGAGUCCAGUGAGCUUCCAGGCUUUUAAGGCAAGGCCUGCCACAAGCCCUUUACACUUUCAACCUUUACCCUCUUUAUUUAAAGACAUAAUGUUUACAGAGAGCUGAACUGCACUGGGCCUUCUAAUAUUGCCCACCAACAAACACCCCUAACACCUGUAUUCCCUAGAGGAGGUCUCUUGUCUUAAACAUUGUGUCAGCAAUGUAUUAGUAGUGACAAAGGAGGAUAUAACGCAGAACUGAUUUGUGGUUUUGUGUGCAUGUUCUCAUUCUUUCUAAUUAUUGUCGGUAUUUAUUGACUCCCAAGUUCAGAUGAAACUUCCUCUAAAGUUUUGUGGAGUUUUUUUUCCCUUUUCUUUUUUAUCUUUGCUUUUUCUUUCAGUGAAAGUAAGUUGUAGUACUGUUAUGGUGUAGUAUCAAGUUUUAUCAAAGUGAUGAAAUGCUGUAAUUAUUCAGAACUGUGUAAUCAGCCUUAUCCUAUUUAGAAAAAGGUUAUUGCAGAACUGACCAGGUACUCGUUGCUUUCUUAUCAGAAAUUAUAAAAUAGAUCUGUUGUUUGAGUUUUGAAUAAUGUAAAUAUCUGUACUGACAAUAUUGAGCCAUUGAUUCUAUUUGGUACUUCAAUAUCUUUAAAUUCCCCAGGUCUCCUUUUCUCAAUUUUACUUCCAUAGGUUGAAUUCAGGCUGAGACUUGACUCAUAUGGAGCUCAACAAAGGUAUUUCUAAAAUCUUUUUAUUUAUUUACUUUUUCCAAAUGAAAAUAAAAGUUUUUUUUAUUCACAGAAGGUAUUAUCUGAGGAAAUACAUUUUUGACAUGAGCAAACGUUGUGCAGCUUACAAUUUUUCAAGAUACUUUUCAAGCCAUUUCCAAUCAGCUUUAAAACAAGUUUAAAUGGCUGUUAAAUGGAAUCACAAUGAGAGAAGGUGUAACGCAAGUCUUAUGUAAAAGACAAUACAGAGGAGAAAUCACUAAUUUUGUUAGAAUAAGAACUCUUCAUUGCAGUUUCCUUCCUUCAGAGCUCCAUUUAUUUCUUCUUUUCUCCAUGAAAAUCAGUUUUUCUUAUUCAUUAUGACUACUCAUGUAAGAGCUCAGUGCUUUUCAGCAUUGCUGAAAAAUUCAGUUUAAUGUAUCUUCAUCUUUACUAAUGACAUCAGAGAAUUUUCAGUACCUGACUUGAUGAGAGUUAGUUUCCAUGAAAGAAAGCAAAAAAAGUCUGUAAUUGUUUCAGUCUAAUUAAAUUUUCAGUACAAAAAUUAGAUGACAAAAUUAAUGCCAUUCUUGUCUGAUUGUUGUGUCAUCAUAGUUCUGGUUAUAAAGUGAUGUCUACUCAGAGAUGCUUAAUAAAGUAUUAGAACUUUGAUUUCAUAAGCUAUAGAUUCCAUAUCUCUAUAAAAAUAUUAAUUUGCUUAUAUUUUGACAGGGGUUAGUCUACUGUCAAAUAAACAAAUGAAUGCAUUGGUAAUUUUAUUGUUGUGGCUAGAUUAGUAAGCAAAUGAUAGAGGCAGUAAGAGUUAAUAUAUCCAAGAAAAAACAAUUAGGCUUGUGCAUCAUCGUAUUCAGUUGCCAGAGGACUAAACUAUGCUUUAUUGAUCACAGAGGAUGCUUGAGGCCUGGGCUCCAUCCCCAUUUCUCAGUUAAUAGUUCUAUUUAGGUUAGAAUCAUUAGUUCUCUCUGAACUGAUUGUUGUUGUCAGUUGUAGUAGUUAACUCACAUAUAUAUGUGGAAGCUCCACAAAGGUUUGUUCAGGAUACAGAAGUUAAAGGUCCUGAGUCAAGUUUUAGGACUGCUUAAAUACUCAUAUAGAUAUACAUAUAUUUAUAUAUAUGUGUGUGUGUGUGUAUAUACAUAUACGUAUAUAUAUAUAUAUAUAUAUCUAUGUAUGUGUGUGUAUAUGUGCAUUAAAUUGAGGUAGUAGGUAAUUAUUUAGCUUACAUUUAGAAUAUGUUCUAAAGUUCCAAAAUUUUAAAAAAAAUUAAAUCUGUGCAGGCAGAUGUGAAAUGCUGCUGUUGUGGUAUGGCAGGAUGCUGGUUGCUUUUGAAGUGCAAAUGUCUAAAAAAGGUACAGGCAAACCAGUCCAAAGUUUUUGUCCAGUUGUUAAAUAUUGGCAAUUUGGCUGUAGUGAGGUGUACACAAUAUAGAGCAAGUUCAAUGCUCAUCUCAAAGAUGGGUGCAGUCUGAGGAACACAGAUAUUCCUCCUAGCUACCUUGUCUGCCGUGGCUUGUAGUAUUUACAGAGAGAACCUUCAUUGGACUUCUGUUACCUGCUGAAAAAAAAACCUGCAAUCUUUUUGGCCCUUGCCAAGCUUUUAUUGCAAAGCUUUGGCUGAGUUAAUGACAAAGUGUGGAAUCUGGGUGUGUGUUUGAAUGUUUACAUGAAAAAGUUUAAAAUCACUCUGCAACUUUCUUUAGAUUAAGAAAGCACAAUUAAAAAGUGCAGCAUAGUAUGAAGAAACUACAGGUAUCUGUCAUAUGCCCAUGUCCUGACUGCCUGUGCAACCACAUACCCAUCUUACCAUGCUGUAUGUGUUUAAUUACUCCAAUAUGUCCAGGUGGUGGAAGUGAAGAAUGAGCUCCAUCAUUAUCCAUUUUCACACAGCCAGUCAUUAGAGAAGUACUUCUUAUACUGUUCCUUCCAGGCCUAAUACAAUAAUACAAGUUAGUGUUCUAAAAAAAUCAUAAUAGAUUCCUUACAUGAACGUAAUGGAAUUGAAGUUCCAAUUACUAAAUAUUCGAAUGAGUGGUGGCAUCACCCUGCACAGGUGUAAAUAUGCCUUUUCAUUGUCUCUUACUACUUUAGGCCCUGGGCUAUCACAGAGGAGGAGAGCUGCACUAUUGGUAAAAUGAACUCUUAGUCAUUCUUUUUGUACUUAUCAUCUUGGCACAUCUAUUCUCUUCGUACAGCUGCUCAAUUAAAACAAGUUUCUCAUCAUUUUCAGAAUUGUCCUUUGACUCCUGCAAUCUGCCAGAUGCAUAUUAACCACUUCUGUCAAUUAUAUUAAGUGGUCUGAAAAAUUUACAAAAUUAAUAUAGGAGGUCUUUAACACCAAAUUCUUUGUGUCCAAAAAGUACCAGUUAAGUCCUGAAAUACCAAGUUGCAGAAAGAGUAGUUUGGGGAAAAGAAAGACUGGUAUGGAAUUACGUGGUUUCAUCUAUGCAUAUGUAGCAAUGGAAAUGUAUUUGUUAAGCAAAUUGAGUGACUAUUUGCAAAGAUGUGUUUCUAUAGCCUAUUUUUUGUUAAAAAAUGGAGUUUUGUUAAGGAAUCUAUCAUUCAUCUGAGUGCUAAAAGAGAACAUAGGAAGUGAGGCUUUAGUAGUUUUUAUGGCAAGAGCAACACAAAGAUAAAAUUCAUGCAGUCUGAGCUAGUUCUGUUUGGCCCCAAUCUUUCCAGCUCUUCCUUUUUCCUACAUGCUUUCCCCAACAUGCUUAUUACUCCUUUUCUUUUCCUCCCUACAUAGCAUCAUAUCACUGUUGCUGGGGUGUUCCCUGUAAUUUUCUUCCGUAUUAUGAUGUAUUAAGGAAUUAUUAAUCUUUUUUAUUUUUACCUCUUUAUCCUAUGUUGACUAAAAUAUCAUCAUCCCCUUUAAUUCACAUUAGAUUCUAAAGACAACUACCACUAGGCUGUCAAGUGCUAGUGAGCAACAUUUGAAUUUGGCUUUCUAUGGAUGUGUGAAAUACUAGUCGUUUUGAACCUUAUACUUCCAUGAUCUGAUUACAGUCUGUUACCCUUAAGAGGAAAAUAAGUAAGAAAUUUAUUGUUGACUUAGUAAGUAGGUCAGGUUUUACACUGGCUUACAUAACUUAAGUUUAAAUAUAAAUUUGAAGUAUUUCUUUCUCACUGUGGUACACCAAAUGUAUGCUCAACUUGCUAGUUGUCCAUUGUCUCAGGCAUUAAUUGUGCAUAAGUGUUCUUUCCUAAGUAAACUGCAUCAUCAAGAGUGAGCCUUGAAAGAAUUCAUAACUUUUCAGUGUCCAUGUGUGAAGGUAUUUCAGUUGUCCAGGGAUCUGAACAUCACACUGACCACAUGGACUCAUUUUGUGAAGUACAGCAUUAGUUCACAAUUUGGACCCCCUGUCUAUUAACCUUAUCCAGUCUCUUGUAAAAUGUUCUUUCAUUUUUGCUUUUCUCAAUUUCACUAUUGUCUUUGGUUUUCUUUUUUAAGUGAGUGUUAAUGUUCAGAGCCAGGCUAAAUAGAAGUUUAGCUUUUAGUGAACUUUUUCACUUAUUCUCUGUUAGUGGCUCCUCUUUCUUGACAGACAGUAAUUUAAAUCCAUUUUACACUAUGUUACCAUCCCUUUCUCUGCAGCAAUUAUAAUUGUAUCUUGAAAUUUUUGUGUAUUAAAUCCCUUUCCUUCUUUCUCAUAGAGUGGUUCUAAACUACCUCAGACUUUGUUGUGAACAGGUAUAAGUUUUGGCAACAGUUUUUAGCCUUUAUCAUAAUCUUUGAAUGUUCUUUCUGUAUAUGUGUAUGUAGCAAAACCAGCCUGCCAGACCCUGACUGCAUUUUCAGGAAUACUGUCCCACGCAAGAAAUGUAAUUGGGAUGAAUUCACAGCCACACUGGCUGUUCAGGCUCUCACUGAUACCUCUAUCAAGAAAAGCUUUUCAGGAGGGCAACUUCUGGCAUGGAAAGUGCUUCAGCUUUCUCUUUGAAGGGACAUGAUGCUGCCUGCACUAGAUGACUUCCACCUCUCCAUUAUCGUGACAAGCAUCAUAAAACUGCAUCAUCAGGCCUCCAUCCCUGGCUCCAGGAUACAUGCUGUUGCACUGGACUGUGUUCAUCAUAUGAGAACAAACCCCACGUGAUGGUGUGUUCUCAUGACCUUGGUGUCAUUUUAUACUGCAGCAGAUGUGCAUUACCAACCCUUUGGGCUAUAAUUAGGUUUCAGGGAAAAUGGUGGUUGCAGAUUGUGCUGCAAUUGAUAACUUUGGGAAUUGUCUGGUUUUGUAAGUUAUCCAUUGAACAACCCAACAAACCUUGCUAGUGUUGAUUUUCUUUUCACCAGCAGACAUGUAUAUCAUCAAACAAGCAUUUUUUUGUAACAUGGAAUUUUCUAUGAGCAUCCAGAAAAAGAAGCAUCCCAAUUAUUUUCUUAGUAGCAAUGUGUGUAUUUGUAAUGAAAGUUUUAGAAUUAUUAAGCUGCUGUAAGCUAUUUUGUGCAUGCUCUGGCAUUGUGUGAACAGUUUGUAUUAACAGCUGAUAAGGAGAGGGCUGUGGCAAACAAGGCAGGCUGGCUGUGGAUUUUGCAGUUUCAAAGAGCAGCAGAGUGCCAGAAUGGAUGCAGGACCAGACUGCUCAAAGCAAAUCAUAAAGUGAAACUGUUGUGCUUUGUAUUUAUUUCUUUGGGGAUUCUUCUUCAAAGUAUUUAAAUUGACAGGAAAAUAUAGAGUAUAUUUAAAAUAGUAACAAUUAGAAAUACACCUUUUCAAGAAUGAGAGAGGUGUGAUUUGAAAAAUAAAGUGAUCUUUUGCGCUUAA